AUGCAGCGCGGGCGGGCUGUUCGCUUUCUUGAACCUGUGAAGCGGGCAACUUCGCAGCAAGUGCCCUUGUAUUCGAAAGUAAAUCCUGUUGGAAUCUACCACUUGGAAAAAGAGAAGCGCGACAAGUUGUUUGGACGCAAAAGAUCCAAGCUCGAUACUCGCCUCGUAGACCUGUCACUUGAGCACUUGACGCGGAAUGAUCUUCUUGGAAAGCCCACAUCAAAGCCAGAUGCAAUAAGUUUUGAGCUGCCUGAGCUUGUAGGCAAAGAUUUGGACGAGCACUUCCAGAAAAUCGGUCAGAAAAUGGCCGAACCGUACUUGGGCUGGGCCAAAGAGUACGCGACACAAGAAUUGAAGGACAAGCCUAGCUUGGAUGAGCUCCAAAUACAAUCUGGAUGGACAGAGUAUAGAGACGGGUCGGUUAAGGAGGUCGAUUUCCCAGAUGCAAAGUGUAUCACGUUCGAUACAGAGGUUAUGUAUAACGAACAUGAAUUCGCGGUUUUGGCCGUCGCUGCGUCAGAAUCAGCAUGGUACGUGUGGAUCAGUCCUUGGCUUCUUGAGGAAGCUGAAAAUCCUCGCCAAUUGAUCCCCCUAGGUACAAACCAGCAGGUAGUGGUGGGGUACAAUGUGGGGUACGAUCGAAAACGCGUCAAAGAAGAAUAUAAUCUGGAGGCACCGGACAGAUUUUUCAUUGAUGGCAUGUCUUUACACAUUGCGACUAAUGGAAUGUGUUCGCGGCAACGUCCAACCUGGCAAAAGUUGAAUAAAGCUGUGCAACAAGCCGGAGAGCGAUACGAAGGCAUGAGGUCAGAAGACGCGGACGAUCAAGGGAGCUCAGAAAGAUGGACGGCCAACGCAGAAGCCGCUGUAGCUGCAUCGGAAGCACUUGCCCAGGAGCUGAAAAAAGACCCUUGGUUUGCUCAGUCUUCUACCAAUUCGCUGGCCGAGGUAGUCAAGUUCUUGUUCCAGGAGAAGCUCGACAAGUCAGACCGGGAAGUGUUUGGUAAAGCAAGCAGAGAAGAAGUGAGGGAUCAAUUGAAAAACCUCAUCCACUAUUGUGCCAGCGACGUCUGGUGGACAAAACGCGUCUUUGAUAAACUUUUAGGCGAGUUCUUAACCCUGUGCCCGCACCCUGUUAGUUUCGGUGCACUACGGCCACUAUCACAACUUUUCUUGCCAAUUGAUGCAAAAUGGGAGCACUUUGUCGAAGGUACAGAGCAAAUGUACCAGUCCAUUACAAGCAAAAUCAAGAGCAGGCUUGAAGAGCUUGCCGUAGCUCAAAGUGAACUUACGGAGAACCCAGAAGCUCUUGAGAUCGCAAAGCAGGAUCCUUGGCUAUCACAGCUAGAUUGGGAAGUUGCGCCUAUUCGCAUGGUUAAAGGGAAAAAAGGGGAGCCCGACCGGUUGGCUAAAAAUCAGAAACUACCCGGCAAACCUAACUGGUUUAAACAAUUAUACCCGAGUGCCACAAAGCCUAUUAAUCUCAGCCUUCGAACCCGAAUUGCCCCUAUUCUGUUGAGGCUAAAAUGGGAAGGCCAUCCAUUUUUCUGGACUGACAAGUACGGCUGGUGCUUUUGGGUGCCGCCCGCCGAGACCGAAAAAUACGAAGCACAAGGAUUUGUUAUUAUCGAAGAGUUUAGGGAGCUUUGGAUUGGAGAUGGCAAGCGGGUUCUAGUGAAGGUUCCUCAUGUUGAUGGCCCGAACGGACGUUGUACCAACCCUAUGGCUAAAAGUUACUUGCGAUAUUUUGACAAGGACAUUAUUACAUCCGACAAGCCAGAAGCGCUAGAAGCAAUCAAAGGAAACAUCGAAUGCUCAUACUGGGUGUCUGCCAGAAAGCGAAUCAUCUCCCAAAUGCCAGUGUUCCAGUCUGAUUUGCCAAUGGGACUUCCAGGAGGCCCAGCAGUGGGAAUGAUUUUGCCUAGAGCAAUUCCCAUGGGUACAGUUACACGGCGAGCUGUCGAAGAUACUUGGCUAACUGCAUCAAAUGCCAAUCAAUCUCGAAUUGGUAGCGAGCUAAAGGCCAUGGUACGAGCACCGGAGGGUUAUGCUUUUGUUGGUGCCGACGUGGAUAGUGAGGAGUUGUGGAUUGCUAGUUUACUGGGUGAUGCCGUAUUUGGGAUCCAUGGUGGCACUGCUCUAGGAUGGAUGACGUUGGAAGGAACAAAAAGCGCUGGCACUGACUUGCAUUCACGAACUGCCAAGAUUCUGGGUAUUUCGAGAAAUGAAGCCAAGGUUUUCAAUUACGGUCGAAUCUAUGGAGCGGGUCUCAAUUUUGCUAUUCGGCUGUUAAAACAAUUCAAUCCCUCUUUAACGGACUCUCAAGCACAGUUAGCAGCCACACAGCUGUACGAAGCUACUAAAGGUGAAAAGUUUCACUCGAAAAAAUUCAACACCAAAACCUUCUGGACAGGCGGCUCUGAGUCGAUUGUUUUCAAUGUAUUGGAGUCAAUGGCACGACUGCCUCGUCAAAGAACACCGGUACUAGGAGCAGGAAUCACCGCAGCAUUGGCUAGCACGCAUUUGACGUCGUCCAGUAAUUUUUUGACGUCAAGAAUCAAUUGGACAAUCCAGUCGAGCGGUGUAGAUUAUCUCCACCUGUUGGUUGCCAGUAUGCACUAUCUUUGCGACAUUUAUCAUAUCCCUGCUCGCCUGUUUCUGACGGUUCACGAUGAAAUCCGGUAUAUCGUUCCUGAAAGAGAUACCCUGCGUACCGCCCUCGCCUUGCAGAUUGCUAAUUUGUGGACUCGGUCGAUGUUUUGCCAGCAGGUAGGUAUGGAUGACAUUCCUGCUUCAAUUGCAUAUUUUUCGUUGGUGGAUGUCGACAAGGUACUCCGCAAAGAAGUCGACCACAAGUGUAUUACGCCGUCUCACCCCGAGCCUAUUGAUCCGGGCAAGGCCUACGACAUGACUGAGUUGGUGAGUCUGUGUAGUUCACUUGGGCCCGAGGAUACAGCAGUCAAAGUGCAGUACCAAAGCCUUCCAUCCAAGCCGCGGCAACGAAUUAUGGAUCUAUCGCAAGAAGAGCCCGAUGUGUUGGGCUUUGUGAGGGCCCAGAUAGGUAAAGACGAAGCUAAGCGGAUGGAGGGAAGAUCGAAACACCAUGAUAUGGCUGGAUCCAUCUCAUCUAAUAGAUCUGUUAGAGGUGUCAUCAAAACAUAG